UCGGCCUCCAUCAACAGUUGUUAAACGCACAGAGUACCUCGACAAAUGUGCUGUUUCUGAUCAAUCUAGUACGUGUUCAUCAACGUCAACUGAAAAAAACGAAUCAAAGUAUUGAAAUGGUUAUUCAGCUACUGGAUGAGAGAUCCAUGUACUUGUCAUGUUGAUGUGCAAAAAAUGAUAAAAGUGGUAUUUCAGUUUUGACUUUGAUAAUUACUAGGUUAUUGAAAUUAUGAUUAAGUAUGUGUAAAUGGUUCAUGCCAACCUUCACGCCAUAGUAUAUUGAAAGUAUCACCCUACAACAGCAGAAACAGCUGAUCUGAAAUGGAAGCUAACUUGCCUGGAAAUCUAAUUAACAAUGAAAAUGAGGUCAAAUGUCAAAAUGAAAGUUUAAUAGGUCAAAGUCAUUCUGAUGAUAUUCCUGUAAUAUUGCAAAUCCAGCCAGAAACACUUGAUGAACAUCAAAUGUCAAGUGAAAUUUGUAAUAACAACCAAGGUAACAUUGUUGCAGACAAAAGUCAUGGUGAAAAUCUUAACAAAGGUGAUAGGAGUUUUGGGGAAGUUCAAGGUCAGGUGUUAGAAAGGGAAAAGAAUGAGAAUGGAGGUAUAUAUCAGACGAAGGAAUUACAAGAAACUCAAGAUUCAAAGGCAGCUCAAAAAGAAUUGUGUAGUGAAGACUUUAUCAGUAAUGAAACAAAAUUACCGCCGGUAACAGAACCUGAAGAAACACAAGUAACAAGUGGACAGACGACCGAAUUAACGUCGGACAAGAGUUUGGAUGUAUGUACAGUGUUGACAGAUUUAUCUACACAAAUCAGUGCACCUUGUUCAAAUUCACAAGGAUUAGAUUCCAACAUCAAUGACGGUGGAAUUGAUAUUUUCCCCAGCCAAGUAACUAAUCUUCCUAAAAAUGAUUCCACGUCAAGUCAACACUGUUCCCCUUACAGGGAUGACACACAGAGUAUGGCACCUCCAAAGAAAAGGUUCAGAGUUGAAAACACUUGUGUAUCAGACUCGGAUUCAAUGACGACAAAACCUAUGUUAGAUUCUGCAUCUGUGACGUCCGAUAAAGAAACCUGUGGAGCAGAAACUGUUUUGGAAAAUAGUGACAUGGAUACAAGUAGCGUGCAGGCUGAACCUGUGUGUUCUCAGAUGGAAGUGCAGGCCCCUACAGAUGGUGAUACUGAUGACCCAAAUACAGAUAUAAAAAGUGAUGACAAAGCUGACAUGCCGGGCAGUGAACAGCCAGAGGAUGAGGCUUCUUACUACAGUCAGGAGGGUAUGAUACUUACGGAGAAACCUACAUACAUUACUGAAACCAAGACAGAGUUCAACACCACAGACGAUAACUUCCUCAAGGGCUGCAAGUGGGCCCCUGAUGGGACGUGUAUUCUCACCAACAGCAAUGAUAACUGUCUGAGGCUCAUCAACCUCCCACAACCCCUGUACGAGGGGCACAAUGAGGGGAUCCCUGAAAUGACCUCGGCCCUGAAGUUAACAGAAAAUGACACAAUCUACGAUUACUGCUGGUAUCCUAAGAUGGUGUUUGAUGAUCCAAAUACUCAAUGUCUGGUUUCCACAUCCAAAGACAGCCCCAUCCACUUGUGGGAUGCCAACACAGGAGAAAUAAGGUGUACCUACCGGCCCUACAACCACCUUGAUGAGAUCGCCUCGGCCUACAGUUUAGCCUUUAACUGUGAUGGGACCAAACUAUAUUGUGGAUUUAACAAGGUGAUUCGAAUAUUUGAUAUGGCAAGACCAGGGAGAGACUGUGUUACCAGGCCAACGUACUACAGCACACAGCAUUCGAAAACUAAAACAGGUCAGCCUGGUAUCAUCUCAUGUAUAGUUCCAAGUCCCCAGGAUACAGGAAUGUAUGCUGCAGGAUCCUACUCCAGGGCUAUUGCUGUGUAUUGCGAGCCUAAAGGGGAAAUGGCAUGUAUGUUUGAUGGACAGCAAGGGGGAGUAACUCAUCUGGCCUUUUCUCCUGAUGGAACCAAGCUCUAUAGCGGGGGACGUAAAGAUCCUGAAAUAAUUUGCUGGGAUUUGCGAUAUCCUGGAAGGAUUUUGUUUGUAGCUCUGAGACAAGUGCUGACUAAUCAGAGGAUUUACUUUGAACUUGACAGGAGUGGGCGGUACAUGUUCUCCGGUAGCCAUGAUGGUACGGUGAACGUUUGGGACACCACCAUUGCCCCAGAGGAGUUGUUUCCUGGCCAGGAUCCCGUCCUCAAAGUCAUCAAUAAGUUCCCAGCACACAAGGAUACUGUCAAUGGAAUCGGUUUACACCCGUACCUGCCAAUUUUAGCCUCAGCCUCAGGCCAGAGACAUUUCUCCUGUGUGGAUGACAGCGAUGAUUCUGACGAGGAGAACUGUGAUGUCAUUGAAAAUAGUCUCAAAUUGUGGGCAUUCCCGAAAUUGUAAAUUUGACAUUUUUUCAACAAAAUGAAAAUAAAAUAUCAUGCAAUAAAAAGACAACAUAUGAGGGUUAUAUUUUGUUCAUAUCUAGAGAAU